GGGUCACGGCCAGGCUGGCUGUGUGUGUGUGUGAUGAUACUGUGGUGCAUGCAGAGAGAGAGAGAGUGUGUGUGUGUGUGUGUGUGUGUGUGUGUGUGUGGGGGGGGGGGGGGGUGACUCCGGGUCUUCAUGUGAGCUACAGGUGUGUGUGCCGGAGGUGCUGGAAAAACACCCGUGUCGGUAAAUGCGGUUUGUGCGCGCGGGUUUAGCGCAUGCAGCUGUGAAGGAAGAAGCGCACUUCUUUCUGUGCGUGCUGUCACAGCGGAUUGAAGAGGGGUCGUGCGUGUUGGGUGCGGGCUGGACUGUUGAACGCACGCCGCCGGUCGCCGCCACGACUUUAAGGGCAAAGGUAAGUGGACUCCCGCCGGCUGCUGCGCGCUCAUAGAACGGGUCCGGGUCCGUGUCCAGCACCCGGUGCUCCUUCAAUCCUCCCGGUGGUCUUUAACAAACAGUCCGGUGGUCUCACCGUGUUGCAGCUGCAGCUGCAACUGAGAUGCACAUUUCUAAUCAGAGCUCCGGCUACUGUCAAUACCAAAGUGUGUCUGCUGGCUGUGAUGCGCUGAGGAGCUGAGGAGCUCUGAGGAGCGCAGUCUCCAGCAGGAGACAUGAGGAUGUUGUCGCUUCUCCUCUUCAUGCUUCCACAACUGCUUUAAUUUGCGCGCAGAGAUUUAAACCACAUGUAGGCUGAUGGACCUUUUAAAAAAAUGAACUAGAAGAGGUUGUGAUCUUAAACAAAGGAAGAGAAACUAUAUAUAACCUCUCGUUUCCUGAGAAUAGUGCAUGCUCAGAUCGGCGCCUGUUCAACCCAGCUGCUAUUUACCACAAAUUGAAAGCAGCCGUGUGCAGGUUCCUCUUCUCCUCCAUGAAUGGUGCGCACUGUUCAGCUGGAGCUCCGCGCUGCUGUUCCAGAGGCUCCAGACGAAACAAGUGCACCGUGCUCUCCUCCAGUCUCUUCCAGUCUCCUCCAGUCUCCUCCAGUCUCCUUCCAACAGGUGCCUUUGGUGGUCCCCAACUGUGAAACCCCCCUCUGACGUGACGCCCGCUGGGAAGUCUGAAGCAACCUUUGAAGGCCUGCAGUUGUGAAGUUGGUCAGUGGCGGGCUGAGAGAGAUGAAGACAUGGGCCGUGUUUCUGGCAGCUCUGCUGUUCCCCAGCAUCCAAGCAGUGUGUCCGGAUAAGGAGCCAGGAUUGCAGCCAUGGAUGCCGGGACACAGCGAAGACCACCGCGUUACAAUCGGCUAUGGCAGGAAGGUCCUCCUCACAACUUCAGCUACAGUCCACUCCAUCGAGAUUCUCAGCGGAGGAAAGCUGGUGAUUGCUGACACCAACCGGGCCAUACUGCUUCGAACAAAACACAUUCUGAUUGGGAACAAGGGGGAGUUGCACAUCGGAAGCCCGGACUGUCCUUAUAAAGGCAACCUCACCAUCUCCCUGUUUGGAAGAUUGGAUGACAGCGAUAAGGAACACAGCUACUUUGGGAGGAAGUACAUUGGCGUGGGGACAGGAGGGACACUCGAGAUCCACGGAGAACAGAAGCUGUCGUGGACGCUCCUCAACAAGACCCUCCACCCCGGAGAGAGCAACCAAAACAACUACCUGUUCCAGAAAAGCUGGGGGAGCCGAGGCAUCAUUAUCCACGUCGUCGACCCCAAGACCGGAGAGGUGCUGCACGAUGACAGGUUUGACACAUAUCGUAGUAAGGACGAGAGCCGUCGCCUUGCAAAGUACGUGGAUGGCGUGGAGGCGGGGCUUAUACUGGCCAUGGUGGUCAACGACGAGGGCUCCAACAACUUGGAGGACUCGGCCAAGAAGAGCCUCUCCAGGCUGGGCAGCCAGCACAUCACCACUCUGGGAUUUCGGCAUCCCUGGUCCUUUAUAGUGAUAAAAGGACACCCUUCUUCUGCUGUCGAGGGUCACGCUGUCUAUCAAGGGACCAAGGCGUCCUCAGAGGCCCGGAGCUCUCGUGUUUUUCAGUCGAGUUAUGGGGAGCAUUUCACCAUCACCACCAGCAGCCAGUGGGUGCAAGAGGCAGAGUGGACAGAAUGGUUCGACAGGGACGAUGAGAGGGGAUCUGGAGACUGGGAGAAGGUAUCUGACCUGCACGAGGCCUACCCAGACAGGCUGUGUAGCACUCCUCUUGACAUCCAGGCCGAAACCCUUGAUGGCAUACCAGCCAACCAGACCGGAGAUGUGAUCCACAAGACCGAUAAGGACUACGGUUUCGUCUGCCUCAACAAGGACCAGGCUCAUGGCCUCUGUCGCAACUACAGGGUCCGCUUCCUCUGUGGAAAACUGGUUCGUCCACAGGCCUCCAUUUCUAUCGACGUGUUGUCCAACAGCAGCGUCCUGGAGCUGGACGACCAACCAGAGGGCUGGGCGUCCGGGGAUCGGGUAGUGGUGGCCAGUACUGACUACUCCAUGCACCAGGCUGAAGAGUUCACCCUGUUGCCAUGCCCUACCUGCACACCCAACCAGGUCAAGGUCCAAGGUAAGGCCCAGUUCAUCCACAUAGGUGAGGAAGUUGACGGGGUGGACAUGAGGGCGGAGGUGGGCCUGCUGACCCGUAACAUCCUGUUUCGUGGUGAGAUGGAGCCCGGCUGUUAUGGAAAUGAGGCCUGCCAAUUCUUCGACUUUGACACUUUCGGCGGACAUUUGAAGGUGGAGCGGCGCUUCAAGGCAGUCCAUAUAUCUGGGGUGGAGCUGCAGCACAUGGGCCAGCAGACGAUGGGACACUAUCCGGUCCAUUUCCAUAUGAACGGAGACGUGGACGAGAGGGGAGGCUACGACCCCCCGACUUCUGUCAGCGAUCUGUCCAUCCACCACUCCUUCUCCCGCUGCGUAACCAUCCACAGCUCCAACGGACUGCUGGUAAAGAACGUGGUCGGCUAUGACACACUAGGCCACUGUUUCUUCACGGAGGACGGUCCAGAAGAGAGGAACACGUUUGACCACUGUUUGGGUCUGCUGGUGCGAGCCGGGACCCUGCUGCCUUCAGACAGAGACGGCAAAAUGUGCCGCGACAUCACCGACGGAGCCUACCCGGGAUAUGUGGCCAACCCAUGGCAAGACUGCAGCGCAACUUCAACUUUCUGGAUCGCCAACCCCAAUAACAACCUCAUCAACUGUGCUGCUGCAGGCUCAGAGCAAACAGGUUUCUGGUUCAUCUUCCACCAUGUGCCCACCGGCCCGUCAGAGGGGCUGUACUCACCCGGACACACUGAACACAUACCUAUGGGCCAGUUCACCAACAACAGAGCCCAUUCCAACUACAGGGCUGGAAUGAUCCUUGAUAACGGAGUAAAGACCACCCAGGCCAACGCCAAGGACAAGAGACCCUUCCUGUCCAUGAUUGGAGCCAGGUAUGGCCCCCACCAGGAUGCGGAUCCCUUCAAACCCAGAGUCCCUGCUCUGAUCCACCAUUUGGUAGCCUAUAAGAACCAGGAGCACGGAGCCUGGCUGAGAGGAGGGGAUGUCUGGCUGGAUGACUGCCAAUUUGCUGAUAAUGGCAUUGGCCUCACUCUGGCGAGUGGAGGGACGUUUCCAGAUGAUGACGGCUCUCGCCAGCAGGUGAAGAACUCGCUGUUUGUGGGUGAAAGUGACAAUCGCGGGACGCCUCUCCCCGACAACAGGAUCUGGGGCCCCGGGGGUUCCGACCACACCGACAGAACCCUGCCACGCGGCAUUGAUUUUCCUAUCCGGGGCAUGCAGAUCUACGACGGGCCCAUCAACAUGCAGAAUUGCAUAUUUCGGAAAUACACAGCGCUGGACGGACGGCACACCAGCGCUUUUGGCUUCAGGCUCAACAACUCAUGGCAGAGCUGCCCCAACAACAACGUCACUAACAUCAUCUUUGACCACGUACCUAUCACGUCUCGGGUGUUUUUCGGGGAGCCGGGUCCCUGGUUUAAUAAGAUGGAGAUGGACGGGGACAAGACGACCAUCUUCCACGAUAUCGACGGCUCGGUCAGCGAGUAUCCCGGAGCCUUCCUGGUUAAAGAAGACAACUGGCUGCUCCGUCACCCCGACUGCAUUGACGUGCCAGACUGGAAGGCCGCCAUCUGCAGCGGCCAUUACGCACAGAUCUACGUCCAGACACGUAACCCUGCCAACCUGAACAUGCACAUGGUGAGGGAUGAGUACCCUGACCGGCCCCUGACACUAGAGGGCGCACUGAAGAAGAAACACUACCAGCAGUUCCAGCCGGUGAUCACGCUGGCCAAAGGCUACACCAUCCACUGGGACCAGGCGGCGCCCGCUGAGGUCAUCAUCUGGCUCAUCAACUUCAACAAAGAUGACUGGAUCAACGUGGGCAUCUGCUACCCACAAGGCACCACCUUCACCCUCAUCUCUGAUAUACACAACCGCCUGACCAAGCAGACCCGCAAGACCGGCGUCUUCAUGAGGACCACGCAGAGGGAGAAGAUCAAACACUCCCACCUGGCCAGAGGAUACUACUACUGGGAGGAAGACACUGGCCUGCUCUUCUUGAAGCCAAAGGCCCAUAACAACAAGGAGCAGUAUGCCUUCUGCUCUGUCAAGGGCUGUGAGAGGAUAAAGAUCACCGCCGUCAUCCCUAAAGGAAGUCCACCCAGCGACUGCAUGGCCCAGGCCUACCCCAGACACGCCGAGCUGCCCGUUGUGGAUGUACCAAUGCCCAGAAAGAUACCCAAUGGCAGGCUGCACUCAUCGGAACAUUUCCUAGAGGUCAAACUGGAGUCCUACAACACUCGAUUCUUCCACAUCAAGGAGGACUUUGCCUUUAUUGAGGUGAACGGCAGGAAGUUGUACCAACCAGAAGACGGGGUGCAGCUCAUAGUAAUCGACGGGCAUGAUGGGAAGGUGGUGGAGAACAAAGGCUUCAGGAACUCCAUCUUACAGGGCAUCCCUGCACAGAUAGACAACUACGUCAGUGGACUGAGAGACGGCUCCAUUGUUCUCAUCACAUCUAAGGGCCGUCUGGUUACCAGAGGAUCCUGGACUAAAGUCCUGGAGAGACUUGGAGCAGACAAAAGCAUCAAAUUGAAAGAUAAGCUGGCAUUUGUGGGCUUCAAGGGCUCCUUCCACCCUGACUGGAUCCAUCUGGAAGUGGACGCCGACCGAGCCAAGAUCCAUCAGGUCCUGCCUGUCCCUGUGGUCCACAAGAUGAAGCUAUGAGGGGGCAGGCAGAGUGGGGAGGACAGCCAAGAGACUAUGUAGCUUCCAGAUACUGACACACAUUAGUCCCCCCAGCCUCCCCCCCCCCCCCAAAAAAAUGCACAGACACACACUUACACAUACACGCACACACACACGCUGUCAGCACUGCAGUCAGUUGCGCCAUUGUCCAGGAUCAGCGUUUUUUUUUCUAGGGUUGGCAGUGGGAAGAAUGAUAUGAUUGGGUGUGUUGAAAAGGGGAGGAGCCUCUCCCGGAGCCGGCACAGCUCACAACGAACCGUAUCUGUGUAAGUCCGCCCAUCAGUAGAGGGCUUUAAGGUGACAACACUCCCUCUGGCGGCCAUAUUGGACGUCCUCAGUUCUUUAGCAACAGUGGCUCAGAACAAAGGUUACGAUAUUGUAACCCUAGUUUCUCUAAGCAGGGGCGGAGCCCACUACUGGACUCCAUGGGUAAUACUCUCCUCCAAUCACACGCACGCGCUCGCCCACUGAGAUUUGCAUAAACGUAGCCGGCCAAUCAGAUCAUUUUCUACCGAAUAUGUGCGUCACGUAGGUGUGUAAGUAUAUAAGGCGGCCUCUCCAGCAGCGGCAGGGCCUCAUUGGUAGAGAACUCCGCCUGUGCUUAUAGAACUCGGGUUACAAUAUCGUAACCUUUGUUCUAACUCCCACAGGCUCCGCCCUCUACUGGACUCUACGGGUACAUUGGGUAGAGUAGAGGCACCACAUCCACCUAACCGCAAUGACUAAUGAUUAGACAGCUGGCCACUGAGCAGCUCCACUGGAGUGGUUGGGGUUAAGGGCCUUGCUCGAGGGCACCUCAGUGGUAGUAAUGAGGGAGUGGCAAGCGCUGCUUUUUCACUUUCCUCACCCAGAUUUAUCCUGCUGGUCCGGGGGAUUGAACCGGUCACAAGCUUAGACCACCACUGCCCUGAUCUGGGUAACGCUAUAGUCCAACCCUGCAGGGGUCAAAAACAAACAGUAGACACCCUGUACACCACAUUUCCCGGGUCGACACGCUGGAUGCGGAGAUUGCGCAGACCACAGUGGGAGGGUCUCUUCCCACCUGCCUAUAGGCAGACUCCAUCUGUGGAGAUGUAGCAGUCAGUCGCUCAUCGCUAAAGAGAAAAGGAUACCAGGCCGGGCUGGAUGCCACCUUAUAUACUGUGGUUACGCAUGUAUUCGGUAGGCACGUCCUGAUUGGCCAGCUACUUUUACGUAAAUCUCAGUGGGCGAACGCGUGCGUGUGAUUGGAGGAGAGUAUUACCCAUAGAGUCCAGUAGAGGGCAGAGCAUGUGUGAGUUAGAACAGCCAAUGGUGUUUGCAGAGACGUGGCUGUCUCCACAGACAUUAAUAGACAUGAUUCCUAUUGGUUCUGUUUCUGACUCAACACUGUCAUUGCGUCACUAACAUCAUUUUGAUUUAGUUUACAUAAUGUUAGCUCGUCAGCUAAAGUAACCAUAAGAUUUGGUCAGCUAACCAAACAUGAAAACAUCUGUUUUGUGCACCAGCUAACAUGUACAUUACCUUAGUUUCAUAUUAACAUUAACAUUGGCCUGUUGGUUGUUCAGUAGGUUUGUUCUCUGACAAAGCCCAAAAACAUGAACUGACUCCUCCCAAGGUGCACCUAGUAAAACUUUGGCAUAGAAGGCGGGGCUAAAGACAGUUUAAUCUACGUAGAGGCUUAUAGAGUGCAUUUCUGGAACUCAAAGACGCUUAACAAUAUAAACGGUAAGCGAUAUGAGACAAACAGCAGACAAACAAGACACACAGGUGGACACUCAUACACACACACACACACAAAUGGGUAAGGGGAGGGGGGGCUAGGAGUAGGCAGAGGAGAAGAGAUGGGUCUUGAGGCGGGAAUGGAAUAGGGUGAAGGAUUCAGAGUCUCUGAUGUGUUGUGGGAGGGAGUUCCAGAGCCUGGGAGCUGCCCUGGAGGAUGCUCUGUCCACAAAGCUGCAGAGGUUGGACUUGGGGGUGGAGAGGAGGCCAGCUGAGGUGGAUCUGAGGGACCGUGAGGGUUGGUAGGGGGAGAGGAGGUCAGAGAGGUAGGGGGGUGCCAGUUGGUGGAGGGUCAGGAUUUUGUAGUUGAACCGGUGAGAAACAGGGAGCCGGUGGAGGUCUUCUAAGACUGGGGUGAUGUGAUGCCAUGAUUUGGUGUGAGUCAGGAGUCGGGCAGCUGCAUUCUGGACCAGUUGGAGUCUAUUGAUGGAGGUGGUGCUUAUGCCAUAGAGGAGAGAGUUGCAGUAGUCGAGGCGGGAGGAGAUGAAAGCGUGGAUGAGCCUCUCGGCAGCACGGGGUGAGAGGGAGGGUCUGAUCUUGGCAAUAUUGUGCAGGUGGUAGUAGGAGAUUUUGAUUUGAGAUUUGAGGUUUGAGGCUCAAGGGAGAAGGUGGGAUCAAAUAUCACGGCAAGGUACGCAGGUCAUAGAACCGGAGUUAUAAAUUACUCUAACUAACCUCCUACCAAUGACAAUCAUACACAAGUAUUUUUGCAUUAGCAAAAAAAACAUGAUACCACCCAAAAGGGGAAGAUUGUGGACAUGGUCAUGGAUGGAUUACUGAACGGGCAUACCAGGCCAAGGCCCGGGGUCCCAAGGGGUCCAGGGGCCACAAAACAGCUACAAAGAGACACAAAACCUCUACGAACCACUUCAAUGAGAGUUCUGGAUCACCUGCAAAAUGUUACUGAGACACUUUAACAUGUCUGUGCCCAGACACACAGGGGCCUCAUCAUCUGUCCAUGGUCAUGGUCAAGAAAUUGUUGUCUUUUAACAACAUGGUUUUUAAACCUUACCUUUCCAAGCCGUUUCAGUCCAGUUUGGCCAGAUUCAAGUUAAUCUGACAGCUUUCACACCAGUCUAGACUGAACCAAACGGUUGGCACGGAUCACUGGAAAGAAACAUAGAUGCUAUUACAAAGAGUUGUGUAUGAUUGACGUUCGUAGGAGUCUGGGUUUGUCAGUUUUCUUUCUCAUGAUAACCUACAUUAUGAAAAAAAACACCAACAUAUUUUUCUUUUAUGUUGAUGAUUUAACAACAACCAUGUCCAAGAGAUUCUGUUUCCAGCCUGGUUUUUUGAUAUUUAUAUAACUACUAGCAAAUUCUCCAAUGGACUGUCAGCCACGGUCACGAGGCGAUUUCUGAUGCUGAUGCUAAGUCUGUAUAUGAACAGAGGGAACUAAAAGUGGUGAGCUAGCUAAUGAAACGCAUGUGUAAUGUACGUGUAUCACCGAGCAUCCUACCCACGCAGGUCUCUGUGGUAUGUGACAGAUGUAGAAGUCGAGUGGUUCCUUUGCUUGGUUAUAUGCCUGCUUUGUUUGACUAAACUGUUUAAAGAGAGAAUAGAGAAGAAGAAGAAGAAGAAGAAGAAGAAGAAGAAGAAGAAGAAGAAGAAGAAGAAGACACAAAAAGAGAAACAUUCCUUGUUUUGCAUCCAGACCAGUGGUUGUUAACUUGCUGUUUCAUUCCGAGCACUCGCUCACUUGAUAUUGUGAUGUUUUCCUCCCAUUUUUUUUUCUCUUCAUAUCAGUGUUUGUGAUCCAUUCGUCUGUGUUUUUUUUGGAGUGAACCAGCAAGAAGCCCGUAACAAUAUAAAAGAUUAAAUUAAAUUGUCCAUUGAAUGUUAAAUCAGGGAACUUUAAAAAUGUGCAAUUUCCCCCACUUCGAAAUAACAAAGAAACCUUUGUUUCCAAUCUGGCGAGAGAAGGGAUUCCCCUCCCUUUUGCCGAAAUAGCUGGUCUUUUUUCGGAGGUGGUAGCAGUAAUUUAGUGUUUUGUAUGUUUAAUGUGUUUUUAAAAAUCCACAGAUUGCUAAGAGAUAUAUUUUAUACUUAUUUAUUGUACAGACACAGUUGAUCCAAAAUCUACAAAGGGCCAUCUUUUGAGUUGUAAUAUUAUUGCUGUUCUGUGUGUAUACUGUAUGUAAGAAACCAUUAUAGCUCCAUUUUAAAAAGAUUUGUAUACCAGACACUCGUACUGCACACAUGCAUAUGACUCUCGGUAUAGUUGGCUUGUUUUGAACUGUACACCAAAUGGAUGUGUUGUAUAUGUGGCUUGGGCUUGUGAAUUAAUGAAGCUCCAUGACUUUGGAUUUCUUUGAGGACUUUUGUACAGAAAUAAAUGAUGGUGACAAGUUGACAA